AUGGCUCCUGUUCAACGCCAUCCUUCUCUCCCGAGAAUGACUCGCUCCCUCUCCCGUGAUUCGGGUCCUACUCCUCGGGGACCGACGUUCUUCGAACCGAGCGACUUCUUUGACAUCACCCAACACAUUUUACAGACCACCAACGACCACAUCCAGAAGAGAAUUGCUAAGCUGCAGGCCGACACCGUCCGGCUCAGGCGAGAGCUGCUGUUGCUCCAGCGCCAUGUCAAGGACUUCCGCCACCCUUUCUUCGAGAAUUGGGAGGCCGACAUGCUGACCCGUCUCAUCGAGAUUGCGCAUACUAAGCAGUACCGAAAGCUGGCUCCGGGGGUUGUCAUCGGCGACGACACAAUUGCCGAGCGCGAGACUCUCUCACGGGCAUACAGCAACGCUGCCAAGAAAGUCCGUGUCGAAACCAUUAACAAACUUGGUCUCUCGAAGGAAUAUCACCAAGCUCUGCAGCGGUACGACGAGGUUGCCGCCUACCGAAGCCCAAACCCAUUCCAAACAGAGUUCGCCUUUGCCAAGUGGCUGGUUGAGGAGAAGGAGAACAUGCCCGACAUGUACAAGUUCUGGGCGAAGCUGUUCCCGGUGUGCUAUGGCCGGACUGUGGAAGAAAGCGCUUCCAUCUUCUAA